AUGAACUUGCCUAAUAAGCCGACACGUGUCCAACACGUUACCGAUAUUAUCGGUGAAUGGGGUCUAUGGCAGCUAAAUGUGGUCAUGUUUUCGGUUAGUUGUGCUAUGUUUUUGGGAUUUCAUACACUUAGCGUAUCGUUUUAUGCACCAACCAUUAACUACUGGUGCUCAGACAACAACAACAACAAUGAUACCGGUGCUGAUAAUAUUGGCAGCAAUAAUAAAACAUUAUUUAAAUCAAAUGAUUAUUAUUGUCUGAAUGGUUGUCAAAACUGGACGUUUGAUAAAUCAGUGUUUAAAUCGACAAUCAUUGAUGAGUGGCACCUAAUCUGCGAUCGUCGGGAACUAUCAUCACUGACUCAAUCGCUACUGAUGCUCGGCUACGCACUGGGAGCCAUCGGUUGUGGCUAUCUAUCCGGACGUUUCGGUCGUAAACCGGUACUAUGGUUGACAAUCCUGUUGGAAAUUAUGGCCGGCCUAUCCAGUGCACUGUCAGUCAAUAUAAUACAUUUUUCCCUAUCCCGACUUGUACUGGGUAUGGCAACAUACGGUCGGGCACUGACAGCAUUUAUAUUAGUUACCGAAUGUUUUGGACCCAAAUACAGGGCUACAGUCAGCCUAUCCAUACAUUUUGGUUGGGCACUGGGCUAUUGUCUAUUGCCUGGUAUAGCCUAUUUGUUGCCAAAUUUUCGUCAAAUGAUAUUUGCGACAUCAAUACCCGAAAUACUAUGGGUUGUAUGGCUCUACUGGAUACCCGAGUCGCCCCGUUGGCUGAUAGCCAACCGUCAGUGGUAUCGCUUAGAACCGGUACUCAAACAGGCUGUCCAUAUGAAUUCAUUACCACUAAGUGAUUUUCAAUGGCAAUUUCAAUCGCUGAAAACUAGCUAUAUUGUUGCCAAUGAUAAACAACAAAACAUAAACAGUAAUGAUAAUACUAAAUCAUUUAUUUGGGAGGUAUUAAAGUCACCCAACCUGUCGAGGACAACCCUAAUCAUGUACUUUACAUGGUUUGUCAAUGCACUAGUCUAUUACGGUAUAUCGUUAAAUAUCGGUGAAUUUGGUUACAACCUGUUUAUCAACUUUUUUAUUGCCGGCCUACUGGAAGUACCGGCCACUUUGGUCCCGAUAGUAGCUAUCAAUUAUAUGGGUCGCCGGCCACUUACUGCUGGACUUAUGUACGCGAGUGGACUGUCGUGUUUGGCUAUCGUACCGUUGCUGAUGAUGUCGGCUGACUGGCCCCGAGUAACCAUUGCAUUGAUUGGCAAGUUUUUCAUAACCAGUUCCUAUGCUGUUAUCUAUGCAUACGGUGCCGAAGUCUAUCCAACUGUUAUCAGACAAGCGGGUCUCGGGUCGUGUUCGGUGGCCUCAAGUGUCGGCAGUAUAUUAGCGCCGUUUGUCAAAGAUAUGAGUUUAAGCACUGGUAUGAAUGUUGUACUAUACAUAUUGAGCGGCCUAUCCAUUGUCGACGCUGUGUCCGUACAUUUUCUACCCGAAACUAGUGGCCAACAAAUUGCCGACACUGUAGCCGAAGCCGAACAAAUCAAUAAGUAUUAG